GCUGCCACUUCCCAGAUGGAAAGGCAAAGAAAGGGUCCUGUGCGUGAAGUUAAGUUGCCUGCUGUUGCUGCCACACAUUCAAGGUCACGGACAAGUUCUGUUGUACCAGACAGAGAUGAUGCUGCCCUUGCUGAAGCUCUCAAGGAGGUUGAAGAUUUAAAGAGGCAACUAAAAUCAAGGUCCCAGGGGCCUCAUUACAGAAAGAAUCCUAACUGCUAAUCCUAACUUCCAAUUACAGAAGCAGUGCCUAACCUAAUGUCCGUUUCCUAUCUUAUCUGUGGCUUCCUAUCUUAUCUUUAUUUAGGAAAAUCCUAAAUGUUCUAUCAAUCUGAUUUUUCGACGGCUAUCAACAGUUUAUGUCUUUUUCUGCACUUAGAAUGGGCACGAGACUGAUAGAACGCAUAACUGUAACGACAAAUGAGCUUAAAAGUUAACGUUAAAGCCUAACGAAAGCCUAAACGAAACAGCAAGCUACGGUCAUGGCAGGUCCAGCUGAUAAGAAGAGGAGGGCUUUUAAUUUCAGCCAAGACGAGUUGGAGGCAUUAGUUCAGGCGGUGGAAGACAGGAAACAUUUAUUGUUCGGGAAAUUUUCAAUGACCGUAACGUCGCAGUCUAAAGAUAGACACUGGAAAGAGGUGGCGGACUCUGUCUCAGCAGUUUGUGGGAUGCUGAGGACGGUGGAGAGUACAAAGAAAAAGUGGUCCUCUCUAGCAAGUGAUGCUAAGAUCAGGGGGGUCUUACAAAGGAGGGACGAAGCAAAGACAGGGGCUGGUUUGCCCGAAGUGAAGCCCCUAACCUCACUGGAGGAGAAGAUCCUGGCCGUCAUGGGUCAAGUUUACACCGAAGGCAUUGCAACCGGCACGGAGGUGGGACUGGAUGAGCUGUGUGAGCAGAGAAGUGGCGAGGUGUGUCAGUCGACAUCGUCUGACCCUGAAUCGAGAAGGGUCAUAUUAACGCUGAUGGACUCAGAGUGUGACACUAUGAAUCUGCCACCAGCAAUUGUCAUCCCAUCACCUGCUAAAAAGAAGAAGCACAUAGGCCUACAAGAGGAGCUUCUGGAGUUGGAGAAGGAGAAGCUGCUGGUAAUGAGAGAAAAAGUAAAUAUUGAUAAGGAGAGACUGCAAUUGGAAAAAGAAAAAUUCGAAUUUAUGAAGGAGUAUUUAAAAAAUCGAGGGAACAACAUUGUCGAUCUCUCUGAACUAUAAAAAAA